GAUAGAUAGUGCGUGCUGAACUAUUUGAACUGCAGCAUGUAUAGAGAAUGACGUGGAAAUGCGUGUUGCUCUGUUAGUUUUUUUCAUAAGCGCCUUGAGCGCUGCCGGUUCUCAGGACUUAGAGUACGAGGAGCCUACAGUGCAAUUAACGCUGCUGGUGCGUAACAAAGCGCAUAUUUUGCCACUGUUUUUAAGCUAUGUGACACAGCUAGAUUAUCCCAAGCAGCGCAUAGCCAUUUGGCUGCGAUGUGAUCAUAGCAAUGAUGAGAGCUUAAGCAUGCUUCAGCAAUGGCUGGAGAGAUAUGCUCAGCUUUAUCAUAGCGUAAACUAUGCGCUGGAUGUGGAAACGCAGUCUUAUGAAAAUGAAACUGUUACAUUUGAUUGGCCUUUGGAGCGCUUAAAGCAUUUGAUAAUCUUAAAGGAGCAGGCACUCCAGCAUGCGCGUCAUAUAUGGGCAGAUUUUAUAUUCUUUUUGGAUGCGGACGUUCUGCUAACAGCUCCGCAAUCGUUGCGUGUUUUGACACGACUACAACUGCCUAUAGUAGCGCCCAUGCUGCUGUCCGAGGGGCUGUAUUCGAAUUUCUGGUGCGGCAUGACAUCGGAAUAUUAUUAUCAGCGCACGGACGAGUACAAGGAAAUCUAUCAUCAUCGUAAAGUGGGUGCAUUCCAAGUGCCGAUGGUGCACACAGCAGUGCUGGUGAAUCUAAAUUAUGCCGCAACGCGCUUCCUUACCUUUGACCGUCAACGUCUGUUGGAGCUGCAGCAUUCACAGCAGCUGGCACUGAUUUACAAUGGACCAGUUGAUGAUAUUAUAGUGUUUGCCAUGUCUGCCAAUAGUUCAGGACUACCGCUGCAUGUCAGCAAUGAGCUGGCCUUUGGCUAUCUUACACCACCGCUGGAUGCCAGCGAUAGUCUGCAAAUUGAUUUGCAGCAGCUCAUCAAUCUGCGCGCGAAUAUGGUGCAUGACUUGGGCGCUGUACCUCCAUUGCUUGAUUAUCUACAGACGCAUGUGGAAAAGCCACCGAAAACCAAACUAAACGUGGAUAAUAUAUUUGUGAUAAACUUGCUGCGACGCACCGAGCGGCGUGAAAAAAUGGAACGUCUAUUUGAUGAGCUUGGUUUGGAGGUAGAGCACUUUGCUGCAGUUGACGGCAAGGAAUUGAAUGCGCAACGGGUUCGGGAAAUGGGCAUCAGUUUUCUGUCCGGCUAUGAAGAUCCCUAUCAUCAUCGUCCUAUGACAAUGGGCGAAAUUGGAUGUUUUCUUAGUCACUAUCGCAUCUGGCAACAAAUUGUGGAGCGUCAAUUAGAACAAGUGCUUAUACUCGAGGAUGACAUACGCUUUGAGCCCUACUUUAAGUCCAAUGCACAGCGUGUGCUGGAGCAAGCUAGCCACACAGACUAUGAUCUCAUCUACUUCGGACGCAAGCGUUUAAAGGAUGAGAAAGAGCCCUGGGUGGCCGGCACAGAAAAUCUGGUGCAUGUUGGCUAUUCUUAUUGGACGUUGGCUUAUGUUAUUACGCUUCGUGGAGCUCAGAAGUUAUUGGCAGUGAAGCCACUGGAGAAACUUAUACCCGUUGAUGAGUUCUUGCCCAUAAUGUUUGAUCGUCAUCCUCAAAAGGAUUGGAGUGCAGCCUUUGCACCGCGUAAUCUUAUAGCAUUUAGCGCAGCGCCACUGCUGCUUUAUCCUACACACUAUACUGGAGAUUCUGGCUAUAUAUCGGACACGGAGGAUUCACAGCAAGUAGUGGUGCCUGAGAUUUCAACUGAAGCUGGCGAUCCACAGCUAAAAAGUGAUCGUCAGCAAAUAUUUGCAAAAGAAGGCGGCAACAAUUUAGCGCAAGAUCUAAAGCUAGGUGAGAGUUCUCAUAACAAUGUUUUGCCACAAGCCAAUGUUCUAAGCAGCCAUCAGGAACUCUAAGAACUUCCAUAAUUUAGCAUUUAAGAAAAGUUAGUUUUAAUGCCAAUGCCAAAUGUGCCUUACAAAGCUAGAGUUUUAAGCCCAGAAACUAAUCUCUACA